AUGUUUUCGGGGCUUGACCCGACACGAAUCGUGUGGCUGGCGUCUCAAUUUGUUCAACCAACGUGCGGACCCACUGCUUUCAUCGGUGAGAUCGAUGACGGCUCAUUGUAUGACGCACUGGGGCUUCAGACGAUAGACGAAGCGUUUGUCGGGAGCUACGGCACAUGGAAGAAGAAAGGAGAUGGCAAGGUGAAUCUCAUCUUCACCAGUUCGGAUAUAAAGGACGUGAAGGUUGUGAUUCACUCGGGUGGCAAAACAAUCGCCAAAGUGCCAGUGGCUGCAGGAGGGAGGGCGACGUGGAAUUCGACCGUCGCGAAGCUGGAAGAUAAAACGUUGUAUCUUGAUCGCUGGCGACCAAAUUUUAUUGGUAUUCCGGGAUCAGGAGGGGGCUCGCUCUUGUUGUGGGUCCCGAGGGCGUCGCGAGGUGGCCACUUGACUCUGCAUGUUCGAAUCAAUGUUAGCUAGUUGUCAUGCGUGAAGUUUUAGGUGUGGCUAAAUGGUGUAAAAUGAAAUAGAAGUGAAUACAAAAAGUUGAUAAAUCAU